AUGGUGUGUGAAAAAGAACUCGGAGGUGUCGAGUUGGUGAGAGAGGCACAGGAAGCAAGCGAGCAAGGCCCUUCUCCUAAAUCCCUCUCUCCCUCUGAUGAGCAGUUGUUGACGUUUCUAGACUUGGUGGUGGUAGCAUGCCACCGGUUAUUUCCCCCAACAAGAUCUGCCAACAAAGUUCUAUGGUUCCUCUAUGCAGGAAAUGUAACUGCAACCGAAGCAGGGUACAAGGUGAUGGCUGCUUCUGCAUUCCCUUUUCACAACAACACUCCAACACCUUCACCACUGCUCUCAAUGUGCGUCAGCCCCCGUGAGGUCAUCGUAGGAGCAGACACCCUUCAACAGAUGUAUUGUCAUCUUCUUUGCGGCCUCAGCCUCUCUGCUUCCGUAGACUGCAUUCGUGUGGCAAAAGGCGAAAUCGCACGCCCCCAGCGCCCACGCCGCACCCGACUUAAGGCCAUCACGAGGGAGCUUUGUGAUGACAUCGAAUAUGGAUCACUGAGCUCAGAGAUCACAGAGCCUUCCAUGAGAGUUGCAGUUCAAGAAUUGCUUGGAGCUCCACAGCCAGAGUUGGCUACAAGGAUACGAGAAAUUUGCAUGAGAAAUAAUAGGCGGGGUAUUCUUUGCCGCUUGUGGCCAAAACUUUGUUACAUUGCGUGCGUCAGCACAGGAAGCAUGGAACAAUAUUUUUCACUCAUAAAGCAUUAUGCUGGUGAUAAUUUGCCAUUGUUGGGUGGAGACUACUUUGCUUCAGAGUGCCCUAUUGGCAUCAACAUGGAUAGAAGUCGCCCACCUGCUACCACAAGCUUUGUGAUCAUUCCCUCAGCGGCUUACUUUGAGUUCCUCCCUUUCGAGCUUGGAGCUUCACCUAAUGUUCAAGAAACAGUAGACAUAUCUGGUGUAGAGGUAGGAAAGAUGUAUGAGGUGGUGGUGACUACUUACAGAGGACUUUACCGCUACCGCUUGAACGAUGUCGUCAAGGUUGUUGGCUUUUAUAACUCCUCACCAAGAGUGGAAUUCAUCACAAGAGCACCAAAAGGAGAUUCAGAGGUCUUCACGGAGAGAGAUUUGAUCUCUGCAAUGACUACUUUGGGGCUUAUGAUUGGGGAUGGAAAGGGAGGAGAAAUAGUGGAGUUUGCUGGGUAUUUGGACCCCAACUCAGACCAGGAACAUGUUAUCAUCUUUGUGGAGUUGGACAAGGAUUGCUUGUUUCUGCAAAGGGAGAAUGUGGACAAGUCCAUUGGACAACUGAGCAGGUGUUGUCAGUCGCUUGAAGCUUGUUUGGGGAGUGUUUAUAAGGUGAAGAGGGCAAAGGGAAAUCUUGGUCUUCUUGAGUUGUCGAUAGUGAAACCAGGUAGCUUUGAAGGGUUAGCAAGAAUGGCCAUCAAGAGUGGAGCACCUGCCAACCAAUAUAAACCUGCAAAGAUACUUCGGACCUGCAAUUUUGUAAAUUUAUUGAAAGAAAAUGUCAUAUUGAGUAGUGCCAGUGAGCUCAACAUCUGA